AUGUCUGAAGCUUCAAAGGAAACACGACCAGUUGUCUGCGUCUUCUGCGGUUCAGCCGCUGGGAAAUCCCCCGCCCAUACCGAAGCUGCUCGCGCCCUCGCCCACCUUUUCCAUAAAGAAGGCGUCAAGCUCGUCUAUGGAGGAGGCACCAGUGGCCUUAUGGGCGAGAUUGCUCGAACGCUUGUCUCGCUCUCAGGCCCCGAUUCAGUUCACGGCAUUAUCCCCUCAGCUCUCGUGAAGAUCGAGAAUGGCCACCGCUCCACGCUGACUGCUGCAUCAACGAAUCCUCUCGCUCAACCAUUGCCCGGACAACCCGGGGUGGCUGCAGAUGAAGAAGUGGCGGGUAAACUACCUGAGCGGACUGAAACUACAGAGGCAAACGGGGUUGGGCCCGCAGACAAGAAGAGCUUUGUGAAUGCGGAAUAUGGUGUUACUACCAUCGUUCCAGAUAUGCAUACCCGCAAGCGCAUGAUGGCUGGAGAAGUUAUUUCCGGCGGACCUGGUAGCGGAUUCCUCGUGCUCCCUGGUGGGUUUGGCACAAUUGAGGAAGCUAUGGAGAUGGUUACGUGGAACCAGCUGGGCAUUCACCAUCGAGGCAUCGUCCUGUUGAACAUCGAAGGGUACUGGGAUGGGGUUCUCUCGUGGGUUGAGAAGAGUGUCGAGCAAGGAUUUGUGAGCACUAUGAACAAAGAUAUUUUGGUUGAGUGUAAGGAUGUAGAGCAUGCUCUCGAGGCGCUGAGAAGCUAUAAACUAAGUCAGGGACGGUUUGGGCUAAGUUGGGAGGUCGAGCUAGGAAAUGGCAAGUAA